UGUUUUGACUAUACAACUGGUUAGUGUAGUUCUAUAUAGUACUUUCGUCCACCACCGAAGACGUUGUGUUCGAUCUCCGCAAUUUAGGUCUAUGGUUAUAGUGUUAACAGUUUACACUGCUCACUGAUUGGACUGGUUCGGUAAUCGGCUAAUCGAGUGUUCGGCUCUCAUUUCAUUGUCUGCCGUCAAUGUGAAUGCUGAAUUGUUGUGCUCUAGGAAUUGAUUUUUUAAAAUAGUCUUAGCUCGUGCUCUAUAAUACGUCUAUACUUCGAUUUUCCAAUUAAUUAUUCGUAUUUUCUCUCGACAGCGAAUACUACAAUAAUUAUUCAUUAUAACUUAAUAUAUUUAUAUGCAUUUUAAACGGUAUCAUCAAGCGAUUCGAGAAGUACGGGAAUGACAAAUUGAUACAUUUAAACAUAUUAAUAUUUAAUAGUGACAAAUAACAAUUUGUAUUGAUUGUGCAGCAGCUUCUAAUAAUAUACUAUAGACAUAUAAAUAUAGCUAUAUAUUUUAUAUGUCCAUAUAAUAUACCAAAUUUGAAAUUAGUUUUCACCAAUUAUGAUGGACGAAAUUCAAACGUGGUGGGAGAUACCGAGCAUUGCACAUUUUUGUAAAGUUUUCACUCUAAUCACUAAAGAUGUCAGUCGAAUAGACAUAAAUGAACUUGAAAAUGCAAUUGAUGAAAAUUCAUAUUUGUUGACUGAUAUGGCUAUUCGAUUUACCAAAAUUUGUGGUUUUUAUGAUCCAAACACAAAUGAAUGGUGGAAUUUUAUGAAAAAAAAAUUUCAGAGUAAAUGCAGUAUUUACAACUUUAAAUAUUCACUAGAUUCAGCAACAUAUUUUGAUGAUUUAACACGUAAACAAAAAGUUGAAGCUCUUUACAUCUUUUGUAAUCUUAUUCUUGAUGUUAAACAUAUUCAAAAUAAAAUUUCCAAUAAUCCUAAAAUAUGGCACAUGUUAAACGUGAAACCAUUAGGUUCUGAUCAAAAUAAAUCAGUGUAUUGGUAUUUUGGUGGCAGUAAAUUAUAUAGAGAAGACUUUGAGAACGCAUUUGAUAUAUCUACUAACUUACCAGUAAAUCAUAAUUUCCAUGGAAAAAUUCCUUAUGAACCUUAUCCGUCGGGAGUUUUUGGCUCAGGAAAAUGGAAUACAAUAUGUAAUAAUAUUGACAACUGGAAUUCAUUAGCUGAUGUUACUGAAUACAGUAAAAAUAUAAAUGUUAGAUAUUUACAUAAAGAAAUAUCUAAUAUUAUAAUAAAUCUUCCUAAAGUAAAGAAAAAGAAAUCCCUUUAUGUAUACAUAAAGCCUAAUAGGCCUUUAAGGAGUAUUUGUUCAAGAACUCUUCGAUCUAUGGGUGUAAUGGAUGCUGAAAAAAAAUUGAUUCCAAAUUCUAGUGUAAUUCAGCACAAACAAUACCCACAAAAUGUUAUAGAAAACCAAACCAAACAUAGAUAUGAUUCAGCAGUUUCUCAAAGAAAUAAAAUGUCUAAUCUAAAUAUACAUGACCAAAACCAAAAUAUUUCAUACUCUACAAAUGUGUUUAAUAAUGAUAUUAUUCAAGUAGGAAAAUUAAACAAUCAAACAUCAUUAAAAUUGCGGUUAAGAAGUGGUAAUGAAAAAGUGCUAGGUGAAUGUGUAAACAAAAAUACAGAGUAUGAGGAUGUAUUUCGUGUAAACACUGAACACUGCGAUCAAGAAAAUAAUCACUAUUUAAAUAACUUUAAACGUAAAUUACGAUCCUCAACAAAUGGAACUAACACUCCACCAUUCAAAGAUUUAAAUUAUUGCUCCCUUUAAAAAUAAUUUAUUACUAUUAUAUAGUUUUAUAUUUAUCAAAUUUAAUAGUAAAAUAGGAAAUACUUUAUUUUAUGUGUUGUAUUUAUUAAUGUAGUUAGUAUUAAUAUUAAUUUCUUUGAAACUGAAUACUUGUUUUAAAAUUUAAACUAUUCUCAGUAUGCAUAGUCAAUUUGUGUGUCACAUAAAUUGACUAUGUGUAUAAAGAUAUGAUAAAUAAGUUUCGCUUUAUUUUUACAUGUAUGAUAUAUUAAAAUUAAGUUAUAUAUUAAUGUAUUCUUUUUUUUUCUGAUAAAUAAAUAAAAUACUAAGCAUUAGAA